ACACACCAAGCAGAGUGACUCUUGGUUUCUUAUAGUAUUUCCUUCUGGGUUUCUAAAUAUUGCCUCCAUCAUUCCCUCGAUGGUCCCCAUGGAUUUUGGAAAUGGUCCCGAGAAUAGCAGCAUCCCUGGCUUCCAAGAUCAGGUGCGGAGCCUCACCAAUGAAAACGUCCAGCUGCAAGACCGAAAUGAAAGGCUCUAUAGCAAAAUUGGGGAGCUGCAGGAAAAGAUGGGACAGUUGGCUGGCUCCAAGACCAACCUGUCAUCUAGACUGAUCCACAGCGAAGAGGAGAAACUCAAGAUUUCCAAGGACUUUGUUGAUUUUCAGAUCGAGGCCAACAAAAUGAGAGAGCAACACGAAGCGGAAAACUUUGAACUGAAGACUCUGAUUCUGUCCCUGGAAAAUCGUAUUCUGGAGGUUGAGCUUCAUACCGAGAAAACCACCGGGGAACGCGAUGCCUUACGGGAGCGUCUUGAAGCGCUUGAAGCCAACCGCAAGGAGCUGGCGGAUGAGUACCUUGUUCUGAAGAGCAACUACCUUGCACUGGGCAAGGAGCAUGAACAAGAGGUGGCCAAGAAUGAAGAGUUGAGCAAAGAGUUACUCAACUUGGCCCUUUGCCGUGUGCCGGGAAACCUCCCUGAGUCCAAUGCUCAAACGGAUGAACCAACUGAAGAAUUAAAGCGGGUGCGAGCUUUGGUGCGCCGUCUUUCUGCCCGCAAAGUGAGGCCUGAAGAUGUGGUGGCUUCAGAACAUGAACGGCAGAAGCUGGAGAAAAGUCUCUUUGGAAACCAAGAUUAUUUCGCCAGAGAGAUUGAAAAGAUGAAAGAAAUGUACAACUCUCAACAACAAAAAUUAGAGGAAAGAGUGGUGACUAUGGGGAAGGAGCUUCAAGAAGCAAAGAAGGCGAUUCGGAGCACGCAGCACAAAAUGGCGGAGCAGUCAGCGGUUCUGCUCUCCUCUCAAAGCCAGCUCCAAGAAGUAGAAGCAGAGAACUCCCAGCUGCAGUUGCAACUGAAGGAGCUCAACGAAGAGUACCGGUCCCGGCUUGUUCAAUACAUCACAGACCUUGCGGAAUACAUUGACAGCAAAUCAGCUUCUGCUGCAACAGGGGCCGGCAAAGCCCCCUCAGAGCCCGCUCACAUGAAGCGCUUUGUGGACAGCAUGCUGAAGGACAUCCGGGCUUCCUAUAAGUCUCGGGAAGAGCAGCUGGCUGGAGCCGCUCGUGGCUAUAAGAAACGCAUGCAGAAAUUGGUCAAAAGGCAUGAGGGCCUACUGGUUGCAUACAGGAUGCAGCGGGAACAGAUUCGGUCCCUGGGCACCAAUGACAUGGAUCCUGGUCCAGCAGAACACCAUUUCAGCAUCACAGAUGCCGAGCUGUUGACAAGCACCUCUCAAGAGCUGAACCAGCUGCGGGAAGACAAAGCGAACCUGGAAGGCCAGCUUCAAGAACUGCAGAUGAAGGUAAAGCUAAGUGAACAUGUUGGCCCUCAGACAUCACCUCCACACACCUUGGAUGAGGCAGGCUGGGUUGAGCUCAGGAAGCAGCUGCGGGAAUUCACUCACUCCACCCAGGAAGAUUUGGAAAAGGAGAGGAGCCAGCUGUUGGCACGAGCCACAGUGGCAGAAGAGCAGGUUGCCGAAUUGCAGGACUAUGUCGAUAAGCAUCUGGGGAGAUACAAGGAAGAGAUCUUGAGGCUGAGGAAACUCCUAGGAACAGAUGGCCUCCGGGUGUUUAGUGCUGGAGCUUCCAAUGCCCCAGUGACUUCAAAAACCAAGAGGAAUAUCAGCAAGGAAACAUAGUCUCCACACCAUGAAUCAUGAGCCGAGUGUUCUUGUAGCAUCCUCAAAAGGACUGGUAUCUUGGCCCAAGCAGCAACUGGACUGCAAUACAUGAUUUACCUCUAUCUCUCAGAGAGGAUUCCCAGAAACAAGUAGUUCAAAGAGGUCUUUCAACCACUCUUUUUGUUCUUUAUUUCCCUGUUUCUUUCUCCAUGGCAUUCACUCAGAGCAAUGCAAAAGGUUGUUUCCCCUCCCCACUAUAUUCUCCUAAUAAACUAUCGAGAUAAGUUAGGAUCAGAUAAAUUAACUGAAUUAGAACUCAAAUUGCAGAUUCUAGAUACAUGACACCAUGCAAUAUCUUGCAUCCAAAUGCAAGCAGCUUAUUUCUCAUUUAAGCAUCCAUACUGUGCUCAUCUUAUGGCUGGCAAGUUUCCUUAUACAGGCUCCAAUACAGGGUUUGGUGCUGUGGCUUUUAGAAGUGAUCCCAAAAGCAAUGACUGCAGAAUCUGCAGCUGCACCACAUUAGUAAAACACAUCAGAAUCUAGUGUACAAUUCAGGAAUUCUUUUUUCCUCUUUCCUUCUGUCACAACCGAUCAACUCAGUGAGAACCAGAACUUAAUAGAUGUUGCCCUUAGUAUCACAAACACUCAGUAAAAUAUAACGUAUUGUGAAAGUUCAUUACAAAUAAACAGAACA